AUGUGGGUGAAGGUGCUGGUAAGGGUGCCAAGGGGUGGUCAAUGGGCAAGGGUUGAAAGGGUGCAGAGGAAUAGAAAUCCGGUGCAUCGCUUUUCUCCUCCAUAUUUUCAAAGCAGAAGAAGAACAAGAAGAAAAUCACAUAGUCGUUCUCAUCAAGCAAUAGUUCCUCUUGUCGUUCCUCAUCCUCCUCCACUUCAAGAAGAUCAUCAAGCAAUAGUUCCUUUUGAAAUUGCCGUUCCUCAUCCUCACUCACCUCAACACGAUGAUGCUGAAGUUCGUCAACCUGAUAUGAUCGUUGAUAAUCCGAGUGAAUUCGAGAUCAACCGUGGUUGGAUUGUAAAUAUUGUUCUCCAAGGCUUUGAGGAGGAAAUUGAAUAUAACGUGGGUUGUGUGGCUACCUUAGCUUUCAGUCAUUUCCUUACUUUGUUGAAUCAGCGUGUGCAUCUUCCAUUGAACUUUACUGAGUGGAACGUUGUAAUUGAAUAUGUGUCUCAUUUGCUCAAUGAUACAUUUUUUAUAUGCAAAACCAAGUCUAAGUCUCUCUUCGUACUUGCUGGGCACAGUGGAAGUGUGAUAUCUGGAAGUGAUGUAAUUCUCCUGAAUUCUCUCUAUCAGUCUCAGCAUCCACUGGGAAACAUGUUCAGUAUUUGA